AUGGAUGCAGAUACACAAGGUAAUCUAGAAGAAUGGAUGUCAUUUCGUAACAUGUUUAAGUCCAUGAUUGAUCAGAACGCUACACUUCCAAAAGUGCAAAAAAUGCAGUACCUUAUUUCAGCGUUGAAGGGUGAAGCACGUGAGGUUAUUAAUUUUUUAGAGGCUUCUGAAGAAAAUUACAUUGAAGCAUGGGAAAUGUUGCUAAUGAGAUAUGAUGAUCCAGUAUUGAUCAUUCAGAAGCAUAUUCGAGCGUUAUUUGAGUUACCUGCAAUGGUAAUGGAGAGUCAUUCGGCGUUGCAAUUAUUGGAAAUUAUCUCCCUGCUGAAAAAGUCCGAUUAA